UUUAUUUUCUUUCAAUAAUACUUGUUAGAAUGGAACUACCAUAAUUUUCUUCCAUCCUUCUCGUCUUCUCCGUUUUAUUAUCAUUUAAACCCUUAUCUGUCUCCUUGUGAUCCAACAAAAUGGCGUUGUUCUUCAGAAGACUAGCGAAAUCAGCUCCUUUUUUAUCAUCCAACACAAUUAAAUCUUCACAGAACUCCAAUUCUUACACCUCGAAAACUCCUUUUGGAUUGAUCGCUGCAUCAAUUUCUGGUGGAAUCUCACUUUAUAACUUCACUUCUUCACCAAAUUUGGCUCAUCUAGAUUCAAACAAUGAAGAUGCACAUAAGAAAGUGGCACUGAAUCCAGAUAAGUGGCUUGAGUUCAAACUUCAUGAGACUGCAAACGUCAGCCACAAUACCAAGCUCUUCAGGUUUUCAUUUGACCCUGAUGCCAAGUUGGGUCUUGACAUUGCUUCCUGCCUCCUCACAAGAGCCCCUACGGGUCAAAAUGAAGAAGGAAAAACAAAAUAUGUCAUUCGACCGUACACUCCCAUUUCUGAUCCAGACGCUAAAGGUUACUUUGAUUUAAUGAUCAAGAUAUAUCCAGAAGGUAAAAUGAGCCAACACUUUGCAAAACUGAAACCAGGCGACAUUGUGGAAGUAAAAGGGCCCAUUGAGAAGCUCCGAUAUACUCCCAAUAUGAAGAAGCACAUCGGUAUGAUUGCUGGUGGAACUGGUAUUACUCCAAUGCUUCAAGUAGUUGAGGCAGUACUGAAGAAUCCAGACGACAACACCCAGGUGUCGCUGGUGUAUGCCAAUGUCUCUCCCGAUGAUAUUUUGUUGAAACAAAAGCUUGACAUACUUGCUACAACUCACCCUAAUUUUAAGGUAUUCUACACCGUUGACAAACCAUCGAAGAAUUGGAAAGGAGGAGUAGGCUACGUUUCAAAGGACGUGGUCACUAAAGGCUUACCCGGUCCGGGUGACAAUACUCUCAUCCUGGUAUGUGGUCCACCUGGUAUGAUGAGUCACAUAUCUGGUGACAAGGCUAAAGACCGAUCACAAGGAGAGCUAACUGGAAUACUCAAGGAACUUGGAUACACAGAAGAAAUGGUCUACAAAUUUUAGAGGAUAACUUCCAUAGACGAAAGCAUAGAGCGUGUUGAAGUUAACCUAUAAUGUUUUUUAGGGCAUUUUAAAGCUCUAAUUUAGUGGAUGAGUAUUCACUCAUUUAUACAAGUUUCCUUCAAUAAGUGCUGCUAAAUUUUGGUGUUAUUGCAAUUUUGAUGUUUCAUUUCGAAACAAGAGCCAUAAAAAAUAGGUGCUUAGUUCCUAACUUAUGAAAUAACUAAAAUGAUUUAAGGCACAA